GAUCCACUAUCAAAUUCUUCAAUGGCUAUUUCGAGCCUCACUCGCUUAGCCACUUCCACCAUUACUUCACCACCUCCAUUCACCACCGCUCUCAUAAUUUCUCGCUAUUUCACUAAAAGAAUCAUCUUCACCACCGCUACUCAAAAAAAGAAUCCACCCCGCAGUUUCAAAACAAUGUCUUCUUCUCUAAACAGCAAAGUAAUAGCACCGUACGGUUCAUGGAAAUCACCCAUCACAGCCGACGUCGUUUCGGGUUCAUCUAAACGGCUCGGUGGCACCGCCGUUGACCCUCAGGGUCACCUCUUUUGGCUUGAGUCACGACCUUCUGAAUCUGGGCGGGUGGUUCUUGUCAAGGAAGAUGGAGAUGAACCGAUUGAUAUUACUCCACCGGAGUUUGCUGUACGGACGUUGGCUCAAGAGUAUGGAGGAGGAGCGUUUAGGAUUUAUGGGGAUACUGUGAUUUUCUCGAACUAUAAAGAUCAGAGAUUGUAUAAGCAAUCAACCAGUUCCAAAGGUUCUUGUCCAGUACCAAUCACUCCAGAUUAUGGAGGACCAGUUAUAAGUUAUGCCGAUGGGGUUUUUGAUUCAAGGUUUAAUCGUUAUAUCACCGUAAUGGAAGAUCGCCGUGUAAGUAGUACAAAUUCAACCACAACAAUUGUAGCAGUGCCGCUUGACGGGAAUAUCCAAGAAUCAAAUGUAUUAGUGAGUGGCAAUGAUUUCUAUGCUUUCCCUCGAUUGGACUCGAAAGGUGAAAGGAUGGCAUGGAUUGAAUGGAGUCAUCCUAACAUGCCAUGGGAUAAAUCGGAGCUCUGGGUUGGCUAUAUUUCUGAGAAUGGAGACAUACACAAUCGUGUUUGUGUAGCUGGUUAUGAUCCUAAAAUCGUGGAGUCUCCUACUGAACCGAAGUGGUCCCCUACAGGAGAACUAUUUUUCAUUACAGAUAGAAAAAAUGGAUUUUGGAAUCUCUAUAAAUGGGUUGAAUCUAAGAACGAGGUGCUUCCACUUUAUCCUUUGAAUGCUGAGUUUGCAAGACCAUUAUGGAUUUUUGGGAUGAAUUCUUACGAGUUCAUCAAGAACGAGGCUGGAAAAACCUUAAUUGCUUGCACUUAUAGGCAGAAUGGGAAGUCGUAUCUUGGAAUUUUGGACGAUGUUCAGGGUUCAUUUUCACUGCUCAAUAUUCCUUUCACGGAUAUAGACAAUAUUGCUUCAUGGAAUGAUUAUCUGUAUGUCGAGGGAGCCUCUGCGGUUCAUCCUUCAUCAGUGGCUAAGGUGACUCUAGAUGGCCGUAAAGUAGUUGAUUUCAAGAUUUGUUGGUCGUCUUCGUCAGAUUGUUUAAAGUACGAGUCCUACUUUAGUCAGCCGGAGUUAAUUGAAUUUCCGACAGUGGUUCCUGGUCAAAAUGCCUAUGCUUACUAUUAUCCGCCAACUAAUCCUCUUUAUCAAGCUAGCCAGGAAGAAAAGCCGCCAUUGCUGUUGAAAAGUCAUGGAGGACCUACUGCUGAAACUCGUGGAAUUUUGAAUUUAAGCAUCCAAUACUGGACUAGCCGAGGUUGGGCAUUUGUGGAUGUUAACUAUGGUGGAAGCACAGGUUAUGGAAGAGAAUUUCGUGAACGACUUUUGGACCGUUGGGGAAUUGUCGAUGUUGAUGACUGUUGUAGCUGUGCUAAAUUUUUGUUGGAGAAUGGGAAGGCAGAUAAGGAUCGACUUUGUAUAACAGGAGGCUCUGCUGGUGGGUACACAACCUUAGCAGCCCUUGCUUUUAGAGAUACAUUCAAGGCUGGAGCUUCCCUCUAUGGGGUAGCUGACUUAAACUUGUUGAAGGCCGAGACACAUAAAUUCGAAUCCCAUUAUCUUGAUAAACUCGUUGGAGAUGAUAAGGCUUUCUUCGAUCGAUCACCCAUCAAUUUUGUAGAUAAAUUUUCUUGUCCCAUCAUUCUCUUUCAGGGACUCGAAGACAAGGUUGUACCCCCGGAUCAAGCUCGUAAAAUCUACAAGGCAUUGAAGGAAAAGGGUUUGCCUGUUGCUCUUGUCGAAUAUGAAGGCGAACAGCAUGGUUUCCGCAAGGCUGAGAACAUUAAAUUCACGAUAGAACAACAAAUGGUGUUUUUUGCACGUUUGAUUGGACGCUUCAAUGUUGCCGAUCCCAUUACACCGAUCAAAGUAGACAACUUCGACUGAGCACCGAUAUAAGUCUUUUAGUUCAUGGAGUUCACUUACGUACGAAUUACUUGUAACAUAUUACUGUUUUAUAGUUUUCAGGUAGCUCGAUUACUAGAGUCUGCACUUAGAACACGUAAAACUCUUUUCAUCACUUUAAACCCGAAAAUGUAGCCUGAUAACCGUAACGUUUUUCUAUGAAUAAGAAGGGUCAUUUUCAUA